AGCCCUCCUCUCUCUCUUUCCCUGUUGCAGACAAAUUCGUUUCUUGGCCAACAAUCCUAUCCUGCAACUCCAUCGGUUGCUCCUCGUACAGUUUCGUUUAUUAAUUCAAAACCCUAAUUUGCUAGCAGAAACACGCAUCAUACAAUCUGAAGGGUUCGUAACUUAUCUUCUCCAGCCAUGGCUGCGAAGAUUCUUGCAAAUUUAAUUGUAAUGGGCUCUGGGAUUAUGAUUCGGGCUUUUGCUCAAGCAUACCGUCAAGCACUUGCGAAUGCGUCAAAAUCUGGUGUUGCUCAAGAAACACUACAGAACGCUGUCCGCAGAGGUAGCAAAGUUAUGACGGAACAGGAGGCUAGGCAGAUUCUUGGCGUCGCUGAGAAUACCUCCUGGGAGGAGAUUCUGCAGAAAUACGAUAAAUUGUUUGAGAGGAAUGCGAAGAAUGGGAGUUUUUACCUUCAGUCGAAAGUUCACAGGGCCAAGGAAUGUUUAGAGACUGUUCAUGGAGGCAAAGCUCAGGGUACUGAUCCGGGUACUGCAGGUUGAGAGUUUUCUGAAUAUAUUACCCUUUCAUGCAUAUUGAUUGGUAUUGGCAUUCUUGUAUAGAUUGUUAACUUAUCGAUGAUGGUUAACCUGAAAGAUGAAAUUUGUAUACUAAAGCCUUCAAUUUGCUCGUGUCUUCGAGUUCAAAUUUUGAUCUAUUUCAUUUUGGCACUUGGUAAUUGCAAUUGUAUUGCAACAUAUGGAGGAUUCUUCAUCGUCAAGGUUUGAUGUUCUUUUGGGUCAGAAUCAUCAUACUUAUUGGUUGGAAAUUCCGGUUUAUUUAGACAAUGAGUGUAGAAUGAUGAGUUAAUUAUUGAGAGUAUGAAUGUUGACUAUUACCAUCAUAGCUCUAGCUGAGUAACUUUGUAUAUGGAUUGGUGUGUCUUUUUU